AUGGAGAAGCUGAACACUGAAGAUGGACAACUCUUCAUAAAAAAUCUCGCCAGCUUCGUACGCACCCACGAGAAAGCUCUCGCAAACGCUCUACAGCUUCGACGCCAAUCCAAUGCCGGGACCCCACAGUCAACCACGGGCGCAGCCCCGAGCUCGGGAGGUGCCUUCUCUUCGACUUCGUUGGCCUCGGCCCUAUCCUUCGGCGCCUUAAAAUUCGCUUCACAGAACAUCAAGCCUGCGAAGUUGACCCUCACCCCUCAUCACCUCUUCUACCUCCUAUCCCAAUUCGAAGAUCUCUCUAUUGCCGUGGGGCCCAUGAAUGUCCGACUGGAAAAUAUCCACACAGAGAUUUCUCAAUCCUAUGUAUCUUUCUUGAACAAACCCCAACGAUCCAAGGGUGGCGAUGGAGCCUCCAUUCAUUCCGUAUCAAGCGUUCGUAGCGUUAUGUCGGGUAUGAGUGGGCUCUGGUCCUCGUUCGGCCUUGGAUCCAAGGACUCGGCAUCCAAGUCGGAAAGGGCUAAACUCGCCUUGGAGGCUGAUUUAAAAUACCUUUAUUCUGCUUUUACCAAAAUUCCCUGCCUGCGUCUGGCCCCGGAUCAUCGAGCCUGUCUGAUCCGUGGAUAUGAAGAAUUCCCUUUCGAUACGGCUGUGCCGCUUCAUUCCUUCAAAAACUUGAGUGCUUUAGAGAUCAUUGAUAUAGACUACCGUUCUUUCUAUGGCUGGGAUCGUUUAUCAGAGCAGCUCCGCACCUUGUCUAUCAAGCGAGCUCAUCUGGAUGAUCCAGCUGACCUAUUAACAAGAAUUGUUCUGGAUGACAUGGACAAGCGCCGACGACGUUCUGCGAAAUCACAACAAUCUCCACCUCUUGGGUGGAACCAUAGUUCCAGUACUCAGCCUGCCCACGCCCCUGAGCAUACGUCCCUCUCUGCGCCCGGUUCUCCUGUCGCUAACACGGCACUUGCCAGCAGCACCAGCCCUAAAUCCACCCCCAUGAUUCGAGCUGGGUCUGAAGGCGCAAAGAUCCGUCGCGCAAGAGCCGAAAGCAUUUCGCCGCCCCGUCCUCCUACAAAGCAUGGCCAUCGCCGUGGACAAUCUGCUCGAAUUCGACGUACCGGCUCGGGAAGUUCGAACUCAAGUGAUACAUCGGGUGGAUAUCGGACUGGAAGCUCGUCGACUCUGUUACCGGGAGUGUUACCACCGAACAAAUGGCGAUUUUUGCGUCAUCUUGGUCUUCCUGAGAACUCGUUGACUUCUGUUUCCGCAGCUAGCCUCGCUCCUGUGGCUAACACCCUCAACUCAUUGGAUUUGUCUUCGAAUCUCUUGACCGAGAUCCCGGAUAGCUUAUCGUCUCUGAUGGCUCUCCGUUCCUUGAACCUGUCGCACUGCAUGAUCGAAUCGAUGCAUUCCCUGUCCCGCAAUCCGCUACCAGCGAUCACAGCUUUGAACCUCCGUGGCAAUCGACUUCAAUCCUUAGCUGGAAUUGAACGGCUAUUGUCCUUGGAAAGAUUGGAUCUACGCGACAACAACAUCAUGGAUCCGACCGAGAUGGCCCGGCUCACCAGUCUCCCUGAAAUACGGGAGAUCUGGGUAUCUGGCAAUCCAUUCGUCAAGACCCAUUCCAACUACCGCGUUACAAUCAUGAACCUCUUCCGUCGCACUCCUGGCUAUUCCGAAGACAUCAUAAUUGAUGGACGGGGACCAGGCUACACUGAGCGUAAGCAACUAGUGGACCGCGUCGCAGAGCCCGAAGCUGCCCCAGUCGUCCGCUCCAGUGCCGCAGACCUGUCGGUAGUUGUUCACAAGCCCAUUGCCGCAAUUCUUCAAAGCAAACCUCUGCCUAAGACUCCUGACGAAGAAGAGCCUGCCGCAACCCAAGCCGACACAGAGGGCACCAACCGUCGCAAAAAGACGCAACGUCGUCGAAUAAUGGACCUUUCGACAGACAAUCCAUUCACCACAGAUGGCCUUGGUGACCCAGGUCCCACGGUGACUCCAACACCUCCAACGCAGCAAAUCCAUGCUCCGACUCACACAUCCAUUGUGCUCCCGCAUGACCAGUGGAAGCAAGGCAGUGCAACACACUCCGGAUCAUCCAGUAUCCAGACCCCUAUGACCCUCCGACAUGCCCCUUCCGCCAGUCCGCCUCUGCUGCAACCAACCGUCGCGCAGACCACCUCCAUCAAGGAUUGGGUGCUGGAUCAAGAACUUUGCCGCCAGCAACUGGAAGCUCUUCGCGGUGAUGUGGGCCAUAACUGGCUUACUACCGUCUUAGGAGAAAAUCCCUGGGACACACCUCAGACAGGGCUUGGCGGACAUUUAUCUGGACCUGGCAUGGAUCACUCUCCACUUCCCACUCCAACCAUGCAAACAAGUAGCCAUGCCAUUCUGAGUGCAGGCCACACAAUGGGUGGAUAA